AUGUCAAACUCAAAUGGUGCUAGCAAACCACAUGUGAUACUUAUACCAUACCCAGCACAGGGCCAUGUUGCUCCUCUCAUGAAAUUGGCAUAUAAUCUUGCUAGCCACGGCAUCAAGGUCACUUUUGUUAACACAGAGUUCAUACACAUGAAAAUUAUGUCCGCAAUGUCUCGUGAAACCGCACACCAUUGUUCGAUAAAUUUAGUGGCGAUUCCUAAUGGAUUAGAGUCUAACUCAUCCGGUGAGCAGGAUAGAAAGAAAUUAAUAGAGCAUGGACCGAAGUAUAUGCGGGUUCAUCUCCAAAAUCUGAUCGAAAGUAUUAAUUGUGCGAACAAUGAUACGCAUGUUACGCAUCUAAUUGCCGAUAUAUCAAACGGGUGGGCACUAGAAGUAGCCAAGAAGAUGUGUAUCAAGACUGUCGCGUUUGUACCUUAUGCGCUAGGAAACUUGGCAAUGAUACUGCAUGCUCCUAAGCUUGUUGAGGCUGGAAUUUUAGAUGUUUAUGGACUUCCAAUACGAGAAGAGUUGAUUUCUCUAUCUAAAGAACUUCCUACAUGGAAUAUGAACGAACUCGCAUGGAGUAUUAAUGGCGAUUUAAAAAGACAGAAAUUUAUAUACAAGCAUUUUAUCAAAAAUAUUACAGAACAUAUUAAAAUUUCUGAUUCCGUAAUAGCGAAUUCCUCUUAUGAACUCGAACCAUCAGCCUAUCACUUGAUUCCAAACAUUUUACCUAUCGGUCCAUUGCUCGCAAGUGCCCACUUCGGAAUGUUUGCUGGAAACUUAUGCUCAGAGGAUUCAACUUGCUUAAGAUGGCUCGAUCAACAGCCUACCGGAUCAGUCAUCUACGCCGCAUUCGGCAGCACAGUGAUCUGCAACCAACAUCAAUUUAUUGAGCUAGCACAUGGUCUUGCAAUCACAGGCCGUCCAUUUUUAUGGGUUGUUAGGUCAGAUUUUACAAUGGACAAAGAAGCAAUUGAAGAAUUUAUGGACUCUGACGUUUUGAAGAGAAUUCAAAUUUUUGGAAAAAUAGUAAAAUGGGCGCCGCAGGAGAAGGUAUUGGCUCAUCCUUCGAUUGCGUGUUUCUUUUCGCAUUGCGGAUGGAAUUCUACGAUUGAAGGAGUGAGCAUGGGGGUACCAUUUUUAUGUUGGCCUUACAUUGUGGAUCAAUUCCAUAACAGAAAUUACAUUUGUGAAGCUUGGAAAGUUGGUCUAGCUGUAAAUUCAGAUGAAAAUGGGAUUAUUACUAGGCAUGAGAUUAAGAGCAAGAUUGAGGAAUUGGUUUCUGAUGAGGAUAUAAAAGUUAAUUCUCUAAAACUAAAAGAAAUGGUUAAAAAGAGUGUUGGUGAAGAUGGUACUUCUUACAAAAACCUUUUAAGCCUUGUUGAUCAAAUAAACUAUUACACUACUAGAAAACAGUCGAUUAGCGACGGAUUUCAAACUGUCGCUAAAAUCUAAUUUAGCGACGUAUUUAAAAUUCAUCGCUAAAUCCUAAUAAAAAUUGGCGGGAUUAACCCCUCCAAUUUUGCAACAGGACUUGUGUUUGCUAUGGUUGGAAGAUGGGCUUGGAAUUGAAUUAUGAUGAAAAUGGGAUCAUUACGAGGUAUGAAGUUAAGAAGAAAGUUAAUGAGUUGGUUUCUGAUAAGGGUAUAAGUGAAAAUGUAUUAAAGUUGAAGGAGUUGGCUGAAGAUAGUAUUAGAGAAGGAGGAUCUUCUUUCAAAAAUUUGGAGAAGUUUGUUGAACAACUCAAGCUUUAGUUCUUAAGUUUCAAAAUGUUUAAGGUCAAUUAUUAUGGAAUAUGUGUUAUUUAAAUGCUGUAAUGUUGGCUUAUUUUCGUCCAAGAUCCCCGUAUUAUCUUCUUUCUCCCACUAUAAUCCCUAAAUUUGAAUUUGUAAUUCUAAACCUCUGAAUUCCGUGUUGGGUAAUACAAAAUCUCUGUUCAUUAA